AUGACGCUCCCUAGCUCCUGUAGGGGAUUGAGGGGGGUUCGCCCCGGGUUCCAGGCUAUACAAGGGAGGUUGCCUAUGCGCCAAUGUCAAAGGAGUCUCUUCACUGUUUUCGGCAAGCGUAAUAGCACGAGGCUCCGUCCCAGGCCGAGGAUACCUCUUGGAAUCGUCACCGGAGGGCUAUUUGUUUGGUUACUGUACCCAUCCGAGGAUUUCGCGCGGCUCUCCAGCCAUCCAGCAUCACGGAAAAGCGCCAAUCGACAGCAGCAGGAAUCUCAGGCUCGCGAGGAAGUCGAGGAAGAUGACGCCGCGAGCCCAUCCGCGUGGUCCGACUUUUCUCGCGGCUUCCGCUCCUUCUCAAACGCAGUAGACCUUCAGUGGACUGCACUCUCUGACUCGUUGGUUGACUACAUCCUGCCUGAAUGGUCGAAACUCGUACCAGGAUAUCUCCGGAAGCUUCAGCAGGAGCUCUCAAUUUCCCCAGGUUCUUUGGCCGAUGAGAUUUGGUCAGAGGCUCAUGAUCCCCUGGUCAAUCCAGAGAUCCGGUAUUCGGCUGAGGUUCGCGUUUCAUCCGACUUGUGCAAGGAGGAGAAGGAGUAUCUUUCUCGGCGCAAGAGGGUAAUUAGGGUAGCGCUCGCAAGGUAUUUAGGCCUACAAGAGAACGACAUCCAUCCGGAUGAUAUUCCCACUAUUGCCAUGUGUGGCUCGGGUGGAGGCCUCCGUGCUCUCAUUGCCGGUACAGGAUCGCUACUAGCCACCGAGGAAGAUGGUUUAUUUGAUUGCAUCACCUACACAGCCGGUGUAAGCGGCAGCUGCUGGCUCCAGACCCUCUAUCUAUCGUCCUUCACAAAGGGCCGGAUCAGUGCUCUUGUUGAUCAUCUCAAAGCAAGAGCCCCUAUUCAUAUCGCUUACCCGCCGGUAGCUUUCCAGUCUCUUGUCUCGUUGCCAACUAGCAAAUAUCUGUUGAGUGGUAUGGUUGAGAAACUCAAGGGCGAUACAAAUGCCACUUUUGGUCUUGUCGACGUUUACGGACUGCUCCUUGGGGCAAGAUACUUGGUUCCGAAAGGCGACCUUGGCGUAAGUGCAAGCGAUUUCAAGCUCUCCAGUCAAAGAGAGUACAUCAAGUAUGGCCAGAACCCUUUGCCCAUUUAUACUGCUGUCCGCCACGAGAUACCUGGGCUUCCAGCUGAGGCAGCCGGCUCUCUUCCAGCACGGGAAAAGGCAGCUCGAGAGUCAUGGUUCCAAUGGUUCGAAUUUACACCUUAUGAAUUUUUCUGUGAAGAGUUCAAUGCUGGAAUCCCGACCUGGGCCGUUGGCCGGAAAUUCAACAAUGGGAAGGACGUUCCGCCUGAGCACGGCUUCCACCUCCCUGAAAUCAGGAUGCCGCUGCUGAUGGGAAUAUUUGGCAGUGCGUUUUGUGCCACACUGAGCCACUAUUAUCGAGAAAUCAAGCCUCUUGUCAGAAGUAUGGCUGGUAUGGGUGCUGUCGAUGACCUGAUCUCCGGGAAGAGCGAGGAUCUGAGCAAGGUACACCCUAUAGACCCUGCUACGAUACACAACUUUGCCUACGGUAUGCAAGGGAAACUGCCCAAAUCAACACCAGCAAGCAUCUAUGAAAAUGAGUAUAUUCAGUUGAUGGAUGCCGGCAUGUCCAACAAUCUCCCGAUCUAUCCAUUGCUUCGCCCUGGACGAAAUGUGGACGUCCUGGUUACAUUCGAUGCGUCGGCUGACGUGAAAAUUGACAAUUGGCUCUCCGUAGCUGACGGAUAUGCUCGAAAGAGAGGAAUCAAAGGAUGGCCCGUGGGAUUGGGAUGGCCCAAACCUGGGGAGUCCGUCUCUCAAACAGUUCAAGAACUAGAAGAGGCGUCGGCAGACACGACUCAGGAAGCCAGCAAAAGACUGCAAGAAGCAAAGGUACAACAAAGCCAUCUGCGAGAGGAGGCCACCGGGGAGGGAAAUGGCUUUAAAACCACCAAAGACGCCACCAAAUUCGAUCCAGGAAACGAAGACGCCGGUGACCUGGGUUACUGCACAGUUUGGGUCGGCUCAACUGAGGAGCGGAAGUCCACUGACCCUCCUUCCAAAUCCAAAGUCGUAUCAGGAGAUGAUAAAUGGCAGCUCAUGCAUCCCAAAGCCGGAAUUGCCGUCAUUUACCUCCCGUUCCUUUCAAACGAUAAAGUACCAGACGUGUCCCCAGGCACCUCGGAUUUCCUCAGCACGUGGAAUUUCGUCUACACGCCGGAGCAGAUUGACGGCGUAGUACGCCUAGCACGUGCAAACUAUGAUGAGGGGAAGGAGCAGAUCCGCUCGACAAUCAGGGCUGUGUACGAACGAAAGAAGAAGCUUCGUGAAGAGGGCGAGAAGAGACGGAGAGAUGAGCGAUAUCACUCCAUAGCCCGACGUCGACUCCUAGGAGACGGCGAUCAGUUUAGCUAG